CUCUUCCCUCCGUCAUGUCCGCAGGCAACCGCACGGCGCCGGAGCCAAAAGCUGGGGAGGUUUGGGCAGGAUCUGGAGCAGAGGUGGAGGGCUUGGAGCUGCCCACCUUCUCGACGGCCGCCAAAGUCCGGGUGGGAGUGACCAUCGUGCUAUUCGUCUCUUCGGCCACGGGGAACCUGGCUGUGCUGUGGUCAGUGACACGGCCGCAGUCCAGCCCGCUCCGCCCCUCUCCUAUCCGGCGACUCUUUGCCCACUUAGCAGCCGCUGACCUACUCGUCACGUUUGUGGUCAUGCCCCUUGAUGCCACCUGGAACGUCACUGUCCAGUGGCUGGCCGGGGACAUCGCAUGUCGGGCACUCAUGUUCCUGAAACUCAUGGCUAUGUACGCCGCGGCCUUCCUGCCCGUGGUCAUUGGGCUGGACCGCCAGGCGGCAGUGGUCCACCCGCUGGGACCCCGUUCAGGUGGAAGGAAGCUGCUGGGGGCGGCAUGGGGACUUAGCUUCCUGCUUGCCUUGCCCCAGCUCUUCCUGUUUCGUACUGUCCGCCGAGCUGGCCCAAUCCCCUUCACUCAGUGUGUCACCAAAGGCAGCUUCAAGGCUCGAUGGCAAGAGACCACCUAUAACUUCUUCACCUUCUCCUGCCUCUUUCUGCUGCCCCUGACAGCUAUGACCGUCUGCUACAGCCGCAUUGUCCUCAGCGUGUCCAGCCCUCAGAGCAGGAAGGGCAGUCCUGCCCGGGCCGCUGAGCUUGCCCUCCGCCGCUCUUCAGACAACCGUCCCCGUGUGCGUCUCCGAGCCCUGAGACUGGCACUGCUGGUCUUGCUGACCUUUGUCCUCUGCUGGGCACCUUACUACCUGCUGGGUCUGUGGUACUGGUUCUCUCCCGCCAUGCUGACUCAGGUCCCGCCUAGCCUCAGCCACAUCCUCUUCCUCUUUGGCCUGCUCAAUGCGCCUCUGGACCCACUCCUCUAUGGAGCCUUCACCCUGGGCUGCCGGAGAGGAACCCAUGAACUCAGUGUCGAGAUCUCCAGGGAAGGGGAGUCUGGGAAGAUGACCCAACCCAAGAUUCAAGUCCUCAGACAGCUGGAGACACAAAGAGAUGUGCCACCCCAGGCGGCAGAAGAAACCAAAGAGACACUCAUGUAGCAUCCAUUUGCUCAGACAGAGUAACAGGAAGAGUAAUGACUCUCUGAAACAACAAAGCUCUCUCCUUUCUAU